AUGAAUUAAUAGUUGGGAUCUUAUGUUAAAUUUUUCCAUAUUAUUAGAGAAUUGGGAGACAGCAACUAAAUUGAUAUUAAAUAGAAAUAAAUACUUAAAGUCAAUUUUACAACCAAAGAGAAAAAAUUAAUGAAUAUACUCAAUGAUUUAAGUAAUAAUAAUCUUAUGAUAUUUAGAUGAUGAAGAUGAAGAAGAAAUCAAAUAUAGUCUUUUAAAUUAUUUAAAUGAAUUACCAAAAGUUAAAUAAGAGAUAUAAAGACAAAUGAAGAGAACUAGAUCCAGUAUUACUGAUGUUGAUCUUAUUAAGGGUGUUUAAUAUGAUGAACUUAAAUUUACAGAUACAGUAGCAGAUAUGGAGAAAGCUUUAAAAUUAAUCACUCAUUUUCAUACUAAAUUAAAGGAUGGAUAAAUUAUAGAUCCUAAAAUCAAUGAAAUUUAUGAAAACAUUCGUACUCUUUUCAUUUAGACUUCUCCCUAAAAUAUACAUUCUCCUACACUUAUAGGUAGAGGUUAAUCAAUCAAUUCAGAUAUUAACUAUUAAAUUGAAUGUGAACUUAGUGAAGCAUAUAAGGAAGUUAAAUGUUAAUUUGCAAAUUAUAUGAAAAGUCAUUUAUUACUUAUGGAUGAAACUGUCUCUUAUAAUACUAUUUUUAGUUUACUUAAAGAAUUAAGCAAGAAUUUAUUAAAUUGUGAUAAUUUUAGUUUCUUUGUCAUUAAUACAAAUAGUGAUAUGGAAUUAUAUCAAUCUAAAACUGAUAAUAUUGAAUAAAUACCAAUGGAUUAAUGUAUUUAAGAUGAAUUAAAUACAAUACCUGAAAAUAAAAUAUUUAGAUUUUCUAAGAAUUCAUCUUUUUGUUCAAAAUUAAUGUCAAUAAAUUAUCUAUCUUCUUAUGGUUUAUAUGCAAAUAAUGUUGUGUUUAUCUAUCAUUCAAAAUAGAAUAAAUAACUUGAAUCUUAAGAUAUUUUAAAGUAUCUCACUUUUAUAACUUUAGAAUUGCUAAUGAAUACUAAUUAAUAGAUGAAAUCAAGAAUCUAUCCAUGUUCCUAUUAUAAACUAUUUAAAAUGCUAAAGUUUAAUUCUUUAGUCCAUUAUCAAUAGCUGAUAUGAUUCUAGAUCUUGGAAUCUCAUUCGUAAGAGCUUCUAAGUUUGUUCUAAUUGAAAAAAUGUAUAAUAUUGUUAGCUAAGGAUAUAAAAUUGAUAAGUAAUAAUAAUUUAAUGAUAGAUUAUAAACAGAUUAAUAAGAAAUUUAAGUUUGGGAUACUGAAAGUGUUUACAUAGUAUUUAAAGAUUAAACUGUUACUGUAUGUUUUAGAAUCUAUUAAAUGAAUCUUAUAAGACAAAGUGAUUAAAGAUUGUAUUCUGAAAUUAAACAUUUUUAUGAGAAAUAUCUUCGAUUUAUUCGUGAAUGCUUUGAUAAAAGUGCUUUUUAUAAAUUCUUUUUAAGAUCAAAUGAUUCACUUAUUUUUGAAUUCGAUAAAAGUGGUCAUUUAUUAUUUCUAUCUAGACCUAUUCCAAAAUAAAUCAAAUCAAAUUUUAAUAUUCAAUUUAAUUCACUUUUAAUUCAUUCCAAUUAAUUAUCAUAUAAUAAGAUAUUUGAUUAAAAUGUUGUAUCUAAUAUUGAAAAUUAUUUAUAAGAUCAUAAAUGGAAAAUGAUGAAAGAUAAUGAUAAAUAAUAUGAAAUAUUUCUUAAAAUUGAAGAAAAAACUUAUAAAGGAUUUGCUGUGAUUUUCACAGAAAAUAUAAAAGGAUGGGUCAAAGAAUAAUUUAAAUAAUUAGAAUCUGGUAAUCAAUUAGAUUCCAAGAUUAAAGCAAAAAUCAGAAAAUAACUUAUUUAACAUGAAACUAUUAAUUUCGUUAAUAAAUUAGAAGAAAACAAUCCAGAAGUAAAAGAUUCUGUUGCUUCUUUAUAUAUGCCAUUAUAAUAAUUAAUAUUAAAAAGAUCUAAAUCAAUAAGGGAUAUGUAAAAUGCAUAACAUGAACCUAAAAUGAGAAAACCAGAAAUUUAAUAAAAAUCAAAAUUUCUAACUAUUUAAGAAUUGGAUUUACAUGAAUUUUGUUUAGAUAAUUAAGAUGAUUAAAUUGAUACAUUCGACUUUAACAUUAUGGAUUUAACUUCAUAAAUAUAAAAACACAGAGUUGUAUGGGCAAUCCUUAAAAAAAAUGGACAUUUAGAUGAUUAUUAAAUACCAUAUGAAAAUUUACAAAGUUUUAUUAAAGAAAUGGAAUAUAAUUAUAAUGUAAAUAAUAAUCCAUAUCAUAAUUAUGAUCAUGGUAUUACAGUAAUGCAAACUGCUCAUUAUUUCUGUAUGGAAUUAUCUAAAACUACAAAAUCUAAUAUUAUAGAUAAUUUUAAUAGAUUUAUAUUAAUGAUUAGUAGUUUUGGACAUGAUGUUGGACACACUGGUAAAACUAAUGUUUUUGAAAUCAAUAGUUUGAGUGAUCUAGCAAUUAAAUAUCAUGAUAAAAGUGUACUUGAAUAACACCAUGCUGCAUUAACUAUAUAAAUAUUAAAAAAUCCAUAAAGUAAUAUACUUGUAAGUCUCAGUUAAUAAGAAUUUAGAAAUUUUAGAAAAGGACUUAUUGCAAAUAUAUUAAGUACUGAUAUGUCUGAACAUUUUACUUUAUUAAAAGAUUUUGAAAAUAGACCAAAAGAUUUUAAUGAUUGUAAAAUAUUGAGUGGAUAUAUUAUGCAUACAAGUGAUUUUGGAGGAGCAGGUAAAAAAACUAAUUUAUCUAUUAAAUGGUCAUAAAGAGUAAAUCAAGAAUUUAGUAUUUAAUAUAAAUUAGAAGGUGAAUUGGGAUAUCCAUAAUAACCAUAUAUGAAGGAUUUACAUAUUGUAAUUAUUUUUUUAUAUUUUUAGCCACAUAUCUUGGCUAAAUCAGAAAUAGGUUUUCUUAAAGUUAUUGUUAGACCUUGUUAUGCUUUAUUAAGUGAAUUUUUAGAGGAUAGACUUAAACAUUGUAUUGGUAAUAUUGAUGAUACUAUUCAAUAUUGGGAGAAAAUAGUGAAAAAAGGUGAAGAAUAACAAUAAUGAAA